CGGAACAAAGUGCUGACAGCCCGGGCUGUCUCCGCACAGCUCCGCGGACAUGGCAGGCAACCGAAGUGCAGGCGGAAAGGCGCACACAGACCGCACACCCCACAGAUAACUGCCACCACUCCCUCCUCCUCUUUUCUUCUUUCGUUCAAGGUUGUCUCUCUCUGUUUAGUAAAGUUUUGCACGCGCCUGUCUGGGACACGACUAAGAGCACCUCCGAGGACUCUAAGGCAGAUGUUUUUUGGGCAGGAAAAGACUCUAUUAUACAACUUUUAUCUCGUAUUUGGAUUUUUUUUUUUACGCACAUGAUGCUUUCUCUGUUUACGCAGAAGAGUUCAAGUUUUAUUCUAAGUGCGCCUUUUCUGCGGGGAUUCUGACGCGAGUGGAAACAGGAUUUGAAAUCUUAUUUAUAGGAGGACGUUCCUAGUUCCUUGUUGUUGUUUUUUAUUUGAUGGUCUCUACGCACUUGGCUACUCUUUCUAAUGAGAAGCCCGUAGCUCGGGACAUCCCACUUGGCCGUCUCUUUUUCUCCCUAACGCGGCCAUGCAGCACGAGCGCCUGCUCAAAGUUCUGGUCAUCGGCGACCUGGGCGUGGGGAAAACGUCCAUCAUAAAGCGCUACGUCCACCAGGUCUUCUCGCAGCACUACAGGGCCACGAUCGGAGUGGACUUCGCCCUCAAAGUCCUCAACUGGGAUCACAAGACGGUGGUGCGCCUCCAGCUGUGGGACAUCGCCGGACAAGAACGCUACGGAAACAUGACCCGCGUGUACUACAGGGAGGCGGUGGGGGCGCUGGUGGUCUUCGACAUGACCAGGCUGUCCACAUUUCAGGCCGUCCUGAAGUGGAAAGGAGAUCUCGAUUCCAAGGUUGCCCUGAGCAACGGGAGGCCGGUCCCAGUCGUUCUGCUGGCCAACAAGUGUGACCAGCGUCUUCACGGCCUGUGCCCUAAACUGCCGAAGCUGGAGAACUUUUCCCAGGAAUACGGAUUCGACAACACCAACAUCGACGCGGCCAUCUCGUGCCUGGUGAAGAGCAUCAUGUCGGUGGAGGAGCAGCGGGCGUCCGGCGAGCCGGAGGGCAGCAUUCUGGUGCUGCCGCGCUUCGACUACCACGCCAAGGAGAGGGGCUGCGCCGGGUGCUCCUCGCUGAAACCCAGACACAGAGGCAACGACUGAGAGGGGGGGGGGUCCAGGUGUGACUGGAUGGAGGGAGGAAUGGAACUUUUAACGAUAAGUCCAAAAAUGAGGUUGUGCGCCUAUAAAAAAAACAACAAAAAAAACAGAAACAAAACCCCAAAAAAUGAUUUGCACCUUCAUCUUUUUCUGCUUUCUUUUCGGAAACCAUGUUUUUUUUUAACCCAGAGCAUUAAAAGCGUUUCUGUUUCCAUUUAGUUAAGAACGCAUUUCGGAAAUAGUUAGUAUAAACUUUCAUCGUACGUGGAAAACGGAGCAUGUGUUAAAUUUUUAGAG